AUGGCGGAGGUACUGGCCACCAUGGUGGUCGGGCCGCUGGUGUCCAUGGUGAAGGAGAAGGCCUCCAGCCACCUCCUGGACCAGUACAAGGUCAUGGAGGGCAUGGAGGAGCAGCACAAGCUCCUCAAGCGCAAGCUGCCCGCCGUCCUGGACGUCAUCACUGACGCCGAGGAGCAGGCAGCGAAAAACAGAGAGGGGGCGAAAGCUUGGCUUGAGGAGCUCCGGACCGUGGCCUACAAGGCGAACGAUGUCCUUGACGAGUUCAAGUACGAGGCACUCCGCCGCAAGGCAAAGGCAGAGGGGCACUACAAGGAGUUCGGUAUGGAUGUCAUAAAGCUCUUCCCUUCUCACAACCGCUUUGUGUUCCGUUAUAGGAUGGCAAACAAGCUCCGUAUGAUUUUGCAAGAAGUUGAUGUCCUCAUAGUAGAGAUGAAUACCUUUAGGUUCAAAUUCAAACCACAGCCACCAAUGUCCAUGAAGUGGAGGCAGACAGAUCCUAACAUGCCAGACAAUUAUGUGAACAUUGCAAGUGACUCAAGAGCAAAAGAGAAGGAGGAGAUUGUUGAUGCAUUGCUUGGCCAAGGGGACAAUGUGGGUCUCACAGUCCUUCCUGUGGUAGGAAUGGGCGGGAUGGGCAAGACCACAUUAGCGCAGCUUGUUUACAAUGACUCCGCCAUUCAGAAGCACUUCCAGGUUCAGAUCUGGGUGUGUGUGUCGGAAAACUUUGAUGUGGAUUCCCUGUUUGAAACAAUAGUGAAAGAGGCUAAAAACAAUGGUUGUCAAAUGACCAGUGGUUCACCAAUGGAAAAGUUUAAAAGUGCAGUGAGUGGGAAGAAGUAUCUCCUUGUACUAGAUGAUGUAUGGAACCGUGAGGCUAACAAGUGGGAUAAGUUGAGGUCCUACCUUCAUCAUGGUGCCCCCGGUAGCUCAGUUUUGACAACAACUCGUGAUGAAAAUAUUGCUCAGUUCAUGGGGACAAUCGAAGUCCAUAAGAUCAAGCACUUGGAAGAAAGCUACAUAGAAAAAAUUAUCAAGAAAGAAGCAUUUAGUGUGCAAGCACAAAAGCCUGAUGAUCAGCUACUCAAUAUGGUCGGUGAUGUUGUGAAGAGAUGUUCUGGUUCUCCUUUAGCUGCUACAGCAUUGGGCUCUGUACUUCGUACUAAGAAUACCGUGCAAGAAUGGGAGGCGGUAUUAAACCGAAGCACAAUUUGUGAUGACGAAAAUGGAAUCUUACCAGUACUCAAGCUCAGUUACAAUUGCUUGCCACCACAUAUGCGACAGUGCUUUGCCUUUUGUGCAAUGUUUCCUAAGGAUCAUGAGAUUGAUGUGGAAAUGCUGAUCCGACUAUGGAUGGCUAAUAGUUUUAUCCCGGAGCAAAAAAGAGUGUGUCCUGAAGUCACUGGUAAACAAAUUUUCAAUGAGCUAGCCCAAAGGUCAUUUUUUCAGGAGGUGCAGCAAGGCAAAUUUAACAGACAAAUUACUUGUAAAAUCCAUGACCUUAUGCAUGAUGUUGCACAGGAUUCAAUGGGAAAAGAAUGUGCUGCAAUAGAUACAAAACUGAGCCAAAGUGAGGAUUUUCCAUACUCCGCUCGCCAUUUAUUUCUAUCAGUUGACAUUGAAGAAAAUGUUUUGAAUGGUUCCAUAGAGAAAGGGUCUCCAGCUAUCCAGACACUAAUAUGUGAUAGAUCCAAAAUAACAGAUGUGCAGAAAUUAUCAAAAUAUUUGCGGCUUGUCCGAGCCUUAAAGACACGGCAAGGUCCAUUUCUAAAGCCGAAAUAUCUUCAUCACCUAAGGUAUCUUGAUCUCUCAAGAAGUGAUAUUGUAGCACUUCCUGAAGACAUUACCAUCCUGUAUCAUCUGCAAACAUUGAACCUAUCCUAUUGUGAAAGUCUUCAACAACUUCCAAAGGCAAUGAAGUAUAUGACAGCCCUCCGUCACCUCUACACUCACGGAUGUCCGAAGUUAACGAGCAUGCCUCCAAACCUCGGACACCUCACUUCCCUGCAGACGCUUACAUGCUUUGUAUUAGGUACUGGCUCGGGUUGCAGUAACAUGGAAGCGCUGGAGAACUUGGACCUUGGUGGCCAGCUGGAGCUAAGGAAGCUUGAAAAUGCGACAGGAGCAGAUGCAAAAGCAGCAAAACUUUGGGACAAGAAAAGGCUGGAAGAACUAACAUUAAGAUGGUCUAACGACAAUGAAAAGGAGGCACAUAAAAAGGUGCUGGAUGGCCUCCGACCUCAUGAUGGGCUAAAGGCUCUGAGGAUGUAUUGCUACAGUAGCAGUAGUAUUCCAACAUGGAUGCUUGAGCUGCAAGGCAUGGUGGAGCUCGAGUUAGAAGAUUGCCAAAAUCUCGAGAAGCUUCCUGCACUCUGGCAGUUACAGUCCCUCCAGUUUCUUCACCUGAGCAACCUACAAAAUUUACAUUGCUUGUUCAGCGGUGGUGCCCCGUCCAAGUUUCAGCUGAAGAUGAUGGCCUUGAAAAAUAUGCCAAAAUUUACGAUGUGGUGGGAUAGGAGUGAGGUGCAAGGAGAACAAGUAACAUUUCCUUCGCUUGAGCAACUAGAUGUUUUUGGUUGCCCAGAGUUGACUACUUUUCCUGAAGCACCGAAGCUAAGAAAAGUAGAACUAUCCAACUGUAGAGAGCAACCAUCCCAACGGGUCACAAGAGAGGUGUACUUAACAGGGGGAGAUCUGUACUUAAGAGGCAGAGGGUGUGACCUUUUCUUCUCUGGCUCGAGUGCACUGGCGCUAUGGAAAUGUUUUGGACAGCUAGCAAAAUUGGACAUUUAUGAGUGCGAUGCUCUAGUCUACUGGCCAGAGAAAUUGUUCCAGGGCCUAGUAUCCUUGAGGACGUUAAAGAUUAGCAAGUGCAACAAACUGACAGGACUCACGGAAGAUGAAGCUUCUCAUGGGCAAUCUGCUCUAGUACAAUGGAGUGGAACCCUCGUGCCACGUCUGGAGUCCCUAGUGAUACGUGGCUGCGAAUCUUUGGUACAGGUCCCAAACCUAUCGACAUCUCUCAAGAAGUUACUUAUUUGGGAGUGCAAGAGUCUCAAAUCCAUUGCAUUCGGUGAGCAGCAGGACACGACGGGGCUGGAAACGUCAUCAUCAUUGAUUGCUGCAGGGUCGUCCUCGUCCAGCAAUGAGGAUGAAUCCACGGUGUCUACAGCUGUAGUACAAUCUCUAGACAUAAAUGACUGCAGUGGCUUGACAGAGGUUGCCAACCUUCCUCCGUCCAUCAAGACCUUGACGAUUUGGGAAUGCGGCAGUCUUGUUUCCCUGUCAGGAGAGGUCCCGUCGUUGGAAGAACUCGAGAUUGGUGACUGUGGAUGCCUGCAAUCCUUACCGAAUGGACCUCAUCAAGUAUACUCAUCUCUCAGAGUUCUUAGGAUUACUCAAUGUCCUGGUAUAAAGCAGCUUCCACCGAGCCUACAGCAACGUCUGGAUAACCUCGAGGAGAAAUAUCUAAACCCCCAUCUUCUUCAAGAGAAUUCAGGGACGUUUCAUCCGCUGGUGCUCAACGCUGCCCACACUGGCAGCGUCGUCGACUUCGUCGUGCUCUCCACCUGCAGCCAGGAAAGUAGCCAAACCGCUUGUGAGAGGUUCAGACGUCCACAAUGCUGUGAGCAACUGAUCUUGAUUUUGGGACGUACCCCACGUGACAGGGGCGAGUUGGUAUCUAUAGGGGGACAACAACCUGACUGUACACCUAGUAGUGCAAGCCCUCAGACUCCUCAAGCCUUGUCCGACGAGCCCGUACAACCACGUAGUGUUGGUCAGUCCUCCAAGAGAGUCACUAGGGACCAUUCCGUUAAUAGUCCUCGCAAUAAGAAGAGUAGCAUGACUCCAACCCUUGAUGAUUGCCUUGAUGACCUGAGAGACAUUAUCAGGGAUACUAGGGCGCAUAAGGCCCAUCAAGCCACUGAUGCUGAGGAGAUGACCCAAGUCAAUCAGAUUCUGAAGCAAGAUGGUUACAACGAGAGUGAUGUAGUCUUGGCCCAAGCCCUUAAUCUUUGCAACAACAGGCUCCAUUGUCGGGCUUUUCUUGAUUUGGAAACAAAAGAGGGCUGGCUAAACUGGGUGAAUGUCUCAUGGGACUUCGUUUUCUCCAAGUCCAAGUGA